AUGGAUCAAGAGCAAGUAGCCUUUCUUCUGGAAUUGGAAGAUAAGUUAUCCAAAAUCAGAUCACAAAUCGAUUCCAAAUUAGAUAAUCAAAAACAUAUUGCCAUCAUCCUUUCAGCUGUGGAAGAAAAUAUUCAAGAUCAAGAAUCAAAUGAUAUCUCCAAGAAUUUAGUGAACUAUCUAGUGUCAUUCAUGUCACUUCUAGACCAAUCUAUGGAUCCAGAAACACAUUCUAUCAAUGACUUGCAAUUAGCUACAUCAAGUACUUACCUAUUAGAUAUAAUCUUCCAUUAUUCUCCAAAAACAUUACUAAGGUCAAAAUUUUCGGACAUAUUGACUAAAGUUGCACCAUGUAUCACAGAUGAAAAAUCUGCUGCACCAUUAAUUAGAUCAGCCAUCGGUUGUUUAGAGUCAUUAUUGAUCGCUCAAGACGCACAAGCUUGGAAUAACACUCACAAUUUAACUAUCACUCCAAAGAGAGGGUUACAGGGUUUACUGGAAUUAUCAUUAGAUCCAAGACCGAAAGUAAGAAAGAGAGCUCUAGAAGCAAUCAACAAUAUAUUAAGUCAUCCGCCUGCUGCACCCACAGCUGAACAUGUCGCGGCCAAUGGUAUUGCUGAUUUUGCUGUGAAAUCAUUAAAUGAUAACUUGAAUGAAUUAUCCAAUAUUUCCAAUAAAAAACUGAAAUCAAAUAAUAAUGAAUUAGCUGAAGAAAUAAACAACAAGAUCAUUCGUUCUUUAAGAUUAAUUGGUGCCAUCAUAGCUUCGGGUCAAUGGCCCAUCGCGCAGAUUGAAUCAUUGUGUGACAUAUUAUUAGGAGUCACCAGAAGUUCAGAACAAUAUUUAGUCUCUGCUGCAUUCCAAUGUUUUGAAAACCUUUUCAAAUCAAUGGCUGAAACUUCAUCAAUUUCCGGAUUGGCUGAAAGUAAUUUUUUAAAAGUUAUUGAUACAAUUUUCACUUUGAAACCUUCCAAUACAGAUUCUCAUUUAGCUGGUGCUUGGAUUGCAGUCGUUGCUAAGGGUAUGGCCACCUAUUCAGUGCAUCAGCCAUUAAAAUGUUUAUCUAAGAUCCCUGAGGUUUUCAAAGUAUUAUCUGUUUAUUUGAAAAGUGAAACGCCUGAAGUUUAUGUGAGCGCUUCACAAUGUUUAAUGGCCUUAUUGACUGAAUCCGUUCAAGAUAAUUUACUGUUGUAUCCUCCAGCUACUGAUGAAAAGACUUUUGAAACGGUUAACCGUGUCAUUGUUGAGAUUUCUGAUCUUUUAACUACUUUUCUCUCUAUAAAAUAUACCCAUUGUGCAAAGGAAAUCUUAAACACCGUCGCAGUUGCAUUCAAGAAGUUCAGAUACAGAUCAACUCCAGCUCUUUUGGCGCCAUUAAAAAUAGUGGAUAAAUGGAGAUGUAAUGAAGAAAAUUUCCUUGAAUUUAGUAACGAAGCUGAAAAUGUUAUCGGCGAAGCUAUCUCCGCCAUUGGUCCAGAAGCAGUUUUGGAAUUAUUACCAUUAAAUUUAAUUGAUCCAUCUGAUUCUCAACCUGGUAGAGCUUGGUUAUUACCAAUCUUGAGAGAUUAUACUAAGAACGCUAAAUUAGAAACUUUCAUUAAAGACAUAUCACCAUUAAUUACUUCAUUUGAAUCCAAGUUCGAAUCUUUACCAAAAGAAUCUGUUCAAUUGAGAAUUUUCCAAACUGUUGUCGAUCAACUUUGGUCCACUUUACCACAUUUCUGUGAAUUACCAAUCGAUUUGAGAGAAUCAUUCACUGAUGAAUUUGCUUCAGAAUUAUCAUCUUUGUUAUACACUAAGGUCGAUUUGAGGACAACUCUAUGUCAUUCUUUGAAAGUACUUGUAGAAAGCAAUUGCCUAUAUGCAAAUGGUGCUCUUUCUGAUGACGUCUUAAUACAACAACGAUUCCCAGCAAGUGAAGCCAAGAAGAACGUUGAAUAUCUACAAACCAAAUCUGUCAAUCUAUUAAGUGUUCUUUUCAACGUUUAUACUCAAACAUCACCUGAUUCAAGAGGUUACAUUUUGGAAACCAUUGAAGCAUACUUACAAAUUACAUCAGAAUCCGACCUUGAAAUGACUUUCAACAAUGUCUGUGGAUUAUUGAAAAAUGCAAUGAAUGAAGAAUCUAACAAUGAACAUCAAUCAGAAAAGCCUAAGACUCAAUUAACCGCAACAUUAUUAGAUUUAAUUGUUUGCAUGGCUAAAUAUAUCCCAUCAAAUUCAUAUAAUGCAUUAUUUGCCAUCUUUGGUACUACAAGUUCCUCCAAGGAUGCCUUGGUUCAAAAAAGAGCUUACAGAAUUAUUACAAAAUUAUCUGAAUUACCAACUGGGUCCCUUGCAGUAAGUUCAUAUAUUUCUGAUAUCGAAAAAAUUAUGAUUGACAGUGCAGAAACUGUUCAAACUUCAGCUAAAUCAGUUAGAUUUUCCGCUAUCAAAACCAUUGUGGAAUUAUUACCAUUAGACCAUUUAUCCUUCAUUGUUAGGAUCGUUGCUGAAAUUAUCUUAGGUACAAAAGACGUCAAUGAGAAAUCAAGAGAUAUGGCAUUUGAAACAUUAAUUUGUAUGGGUAAGAAGAUGGAUGAACCAAAUGGUGUGAUUAAAUUAGCAACUAUUCCAGGUUAUGAUGAAUCUCUUCCAGAUCAGCCAUCAUCAAUUUCUGAAUUUUUCAAAAUCAUUUCAGCUGGUUUAAUUGGUGAAUCACAACAUAUGGUUAGUAGUACAAUUACUGCUUAUGCAUGUCUUGUUUUUGAGUUUAAAGAUGAAUUAAAUGCUGAAGUUCUUAUGGAAAUCUAUGAUACCGUUGAAUUAUAUUUGACUUCAAAUUCAAGAGAAAUUGUUAAAAGUGCCAUUGGUUUCGUUAAAGUUUGUAUCUUGGGAUUAUCAGAUGAGUUAAUGAGACCAAAAGUCCCUGAAUUGUUACCAAAAUUGUUACGUUGGUCACAUGAACAUUCUGGCCAUUUCAAAGCUAAGGUGAAACAUUUAAUUGAAAGAUUGAUUAGAAGGUUUGGAUAUGAAUAUGUGGAAGCGAAUUUCCCUGAGGAAGAUCAAAAAUUAUUGACAAAUAUCAGAAAGACGCGUAAUAGAAAUAAACGUAAGGGAGAAAAUGACGAUGCUGACGUUAUCGCAGGAUCUUCUAGUUCAUCAAAGGCAUCUAAAUUUAUGACAGCUUUUGAUGAAGCUAUUUAUGGUUCUGAUGAAGAAGGCGAAGCCUCAGAUAAUGAACAUGGUCAAGGACAAAGAAAUAGAAAGAAGAAAGGUUCUAAGCAAUUUAUUGUCGAGUCAGGUGAAAAUCCAUUAGAUUUAUUAGAUUCAGAAACUCUGGCACAUAUUUCAUCAAGUAUGCCAAAGAAAUUGAAUAAGAACCAAAAGAAGAAAUUAUUGAAGGAUGAAGCAUUUAGUUUUGAUUCUGAAGGUAAAUUAAUUAUGAAGGGGAACAAGAACACUAGUGAAGAUAAUGAUGAUCCAUUAAAAUCUGUCACUAAUGGUAUUAAUGCAUAUUUGGAAGCUGUUGAAAAUGGUCCCGUAAGAGGUCAAAAGAAUAAAUUAAAGUUCAAAAAGAAUUCGAAGAAUGAUGACGGAUUCAGUGAUGAUGAAGGUGACGGAAAAUCAUCGACUAGAAGAAACAUAUCCACAAAGAAUAACAAAAUUGGUAAGAAUUUCAAAAAGAAUUCUAAAUUUAAGUCAAGAAGGAAAUUAUGA